AUGAUUCUAUCAUCCAUCAAUAUACUGGCCUCUCCAUCUGGAAGCAGUGUUCCAUCACUCUUUGACAGAUUUGGUGAAGUGGCCAUAAGAGUAAGGCAUGCUUUGGAAUCGGCCAUGCUUGACUUCAUGAGCAGUAUGAAGUGGGUUCUGUAUGGAGUGGAAUAUUGGGUGAGGUCCACAGUGAGGUUUAUGGUAGGUGACGUAUGGGAGGAGUUUAAGGAUGUGGGAUUGAUGUGUUGGUGGGGAACUGGAGUAGGGUGUUGUGGAGAUGAGGGUGAGAAAUGGUUACCUGACAUAGAUGGGCUCGAGUGUGCUGGUAUUUCAGUGGUGAUUUGGAGCCAAUGCUGCUUGUCAUAG